AUGACGAGAUUUAUUCAUGAACCUCGAGAAAUAAUAAACAAAUAUAGAUUUACUGAAUAUAGUCCAUUAGUAAUUCUAAGAGGAUUAUGUUUAACAAUUUUAUUAGUCAUAUUUUUCAUUUAUGGAAUUAUUUUAACAUUCCUUGUUGCUACCGAUGAUGCAUUUUUAAUGAAAUCUUUAAUCGCUACACCAUAUGUUCCCGUACCUGAUCUUCGAGCACCGACCGAAGAAGAUAUAGCAAAUUGUAACAAAUAUAUCGUACCAACAGAAUGUAAAGAACAAGAUCCAAGUAACACGUCCAAAGGACGUUGCACGGGGUUAUUCUAUCCUCAAAUUCAAGAUCGUUUUAAUUUUAGUUUACCUGAUAAAAGAUAUGGAAUUUCUUUUCUAAUCACUAUAACUGAUGAAGCAUAUAAUGCUACCGAUGAUAAUGGAAUGCAAGUUAGAGCAUACGAUCAAUUGUUCGUUCCUACUCAAUUGCCUGAUUCCGUUAAAAAAACAAUUAGUAGUCUAGAUCCACAUUUUAUGGAAAGAUUGGAAGAACAAAAUUUUCAUGUUAUUGGUUAUCAGCAGGCUAAUAAGAUGUUUAUAAGUAGAAAAAUUAAAAAAUUUCAGAUUCCAACAUUUUUCACAGUAAUAGGCGUACCGCCAGCAUAUUUUCCGCAACCUUUUAUUGAAUCAAGAUAUGAAUCGAUACAAGUUCCUGGAGUAGUAUCGAGCUUUACUCCGACUACUUAUGGUAGUUUGUUCGUUGGUACCGUAGAUUGGACGGAAGAAAUUCAAUCUGAAGUUAGGAGUUCUAAUGUCUCGGAUUCACUCGCGUUAUUAGCCGCGUUUUACGGUUUACUUGUAGGAAUUUACGUAUGCCUGUUUGAACCAUGGGGAAUAUGUCAAACGACAUGUUGUGGACGUAAAACAAAAAACAGCUUACGAAAAAAAUUCUCAAGAGUCAUACCACUUGUUUCACGAUCACAAUCAAUUCGUAAACCUAAAUUAUAUAAAGAACGUUUAGAUGCAUUAGAAAAAUUUGCAAAAUUAUAUUUAGUCAACAUAGCGGAUCAAGAACAAAAAAAACCUCUGGAUAUCGAAAAUGUGGAUCCCAACAAAAAACCACCAAAUAGACUAUCUUCAAUUAAAUCGCAGAAUAGCGUAAGUGCUCCAGACAGUUCACCUAAUAACAUAAACAAUUUACCAACUGGACCACGAACGGGAGGUGCUCCGAAUAGUUCACCGAAUG